ACGAGUGUUUCACUGUAAUAAUCCAGUGGGAGUUGAUGCUCAUUUCCACCACCUCUUGUUUGCUCUGGUGUUCACACACACGUACACAUGUGGCUGCUGUAGACGGCAGCUUCGGACCCUUGGUGUACUGGAUGGAGGCACAGGGAGGGGCAGGUAGCCCAGAUGAGACUAAAACAGGCCAGAAGCUGCUGAAGCCCUCAACAUCAGGAGAAAUAUCGAAGGAGCCUUUCCAUCAUUCCCAGGGCGAGGAGGACAGGGUCAUCCCUGGACACACCCCAAGUCUUCUGCAUGUCACCGACAGACGGCAGCCUCUGAGCAGUGUGUCCUCUCUGGAGGUUCACUUCGACUUGCUUGACCUGACAGAACUCACAGACAUGUCUGACCAGGAGCUGGCCGAGGUCUUCCUCGAUUCUGAUGAAGAAAACCCUGAGUCACCUGCAAGUUAUCACCACCACCCAGGCAGAGGAAGCUACCUGCGCUCUCCUUCUUGGUCACGCUGCAGUAAACCAGAGCAGUCUCUCGAGCGGAAGCACCACAGCGAUUCAGACAGCGCCGAGUCCUAUCACAAAACGGAACGGCCCAAAAAACCCUGAGAGAAACACAACUCAUGCAGCAGGGUUAGAUUAACACACAGAUUGACCUGUGGGGUUAAAAACAAUGACAUAUGAUCUCACGCCCUCCUCCUGCAGGAAGUCUGGCAGCAAUACAGAGCCACACACACAGCCCUGGUUGUGUCUGUGUCCAGUUCGAGAGCGAAGCUUUGAGUGAAACAGGAGGAAGUAGGACAGGAGUUAGUGAGACAUUAUAACAUCUUGUGUUUGAGUGACGUGUAAUUUGCUGCUUUUAAUAAAGUAACAGGAUGUAGUGAGUGUAAAUAAUAAUGAUUCUUAAGGAAGAACUGUAGAUUAAGGAUUGUAGGUCUCUCUCUCUCUCUCUCUCCCUGUCUCUCUUAGAAGCCAAGAAACUUUUUUUUUUUAUUUCAGAAUAAAAUAAACGGUUAACCAUCUCUACAGUCAGAAGUUGGACUGAAAAUUGAAUUUAGGUUUUGUCUGAUAAUUACUAUUAAAGAAAAUUAAAGGCACGCCAAUAGAUUAUGGCAUUAUAGCAUGUAAACUUGACUUUUUCUUUUAUGCAAUUUUUUUAUUUAUUAUUAUUACAGCCGAGGAAGUGUAAGCACUGAAAUAUUACAAAUCUUACAAAAGAUUUUACAAAGAUUCUGUUUUUUAAAAACCAAACUUUUAAAGAAUCUAGAGCUACAUAAUCAUCAUGAAAACUGACUUUAUUCCCAUUUUUCUAUAUUUCCAUUCACACUGUAUGCAUUUAUUAUUUUAUACAUUCAAAUCUGCUCUUAUUAAAGAUUACCAAAUAAUCAUAGAGUUCAUAGGUCAGGUAGAGUACUGUCCAAAAGUCACCAUAUUAUCUUUAGUACAAAGUUUGUAAUAUAUAAUAAAUAUAAAUAUAUAUAAUUUUAAAUCAAGCAAAAUAUUACAUAACGACGGUUUACAGACAGAAACAAAAACCUAAUGUCUAUAGACUCCUGGGUGUUGCAUUAAAAUAGAAAGGCAUGAGUGUGACAAAGUUAAUAGAAGAACUCAUAUUGUCCAGCAUUCUCAGUGAACAGUUGGGCACAUACAAAAACAAUACUGCCGUAAGUAAAGAUGCCUUUAUAGAAACUUCUAUAAAGAGCACUAAAAUAGUCAAUAUUUUAAAUAUUUAAAAAUAAUUAGUAGUGUUAGAUAUCGAUGUGUAAAGUUUUAUAAGUCAAACAGCUGGAGGUUUUACUGAGUGUGCUGGAGAAUGUGUCAAAGUUCUUCUGGUAACAUCUGAAAACUGGUCUGUCAUGUAACAUAUUUUUUUUAUAGACAUGCACAUUCUUCUGUACUGUUAUUUAUUUAUUAAUUUUUAAGUUUGGAAACAUUGAAUGGUGGUGUACAAAAUAAUGCCUGCAUGAUUAUAUAAUAUAUAAUUUUUGUACUGAAGAUAAUAAGGUGCCUAAGACUUUUGAACAGUACUGUAUAUACUGUACAUCGUUACCUUUAGACAUUGUUACUGGUGACGGAAGUGACACAGUACUGAAUGUAUAUGUAGCAGUAAUAUACAUAUAGCUCAGAAUGUGCUAGUAGACAGAUGAGAUCCUUUUGUAAUUUUGUCAGUGUUUUAAUGCGCUGGGUGCCUCAUCUCAUAUCACUGACCCUUUGAAUGUUUUAGCCACCAGCA